UCGCGUGCUGACGACGACCGUGGUAAUCGUACGGCGGACGCGCGACCGAACUACCGGCAAUAACAAUUAAGUAUAACUCACUAAUCGUGUCCGUUUUCACCCUGCUGAAGUUUAAGUGUUCGGUUUGAGGUGAAAAAUAUUGCAGUCAGACGUCGACGUCAACGUGGAACCUACCCGCACGCACCACCGUCGGAACCCGAUCGGCGUCUAAUAUCGUUUAGGUUGAAUACACACACGUAGGAUACAGAUACAACCUUCAAGAUGUUGAACACUGUAAUCGAAGGGUAUAACACCCUAAUGAACGAUUACAGUGACAAAAGGGUUAAGGAUUGGUUCCUUAUGAGCAGCCCUUUACCUACCAUGGCCAUGUGCCUGACAUAUGCGUUCAUCGUAAAGAUUUUGGGACCGAGGUUGAUGAGAGACCGCAAACCAUUCCAACUGCGAAAAACAUUAAUUGUCUACAAUUUACUGCAAGUCAUAUUCUCCUCUUGGAUUUUCUUUGAAGCAUGGGACGGUGCAUGGGGAAACGGUUACAGUCUUCGAUGCGAACCUGUCGAUUACUCGACAUCUCCGGCCGCUAUGAGAGUAGCUCGAGGCUGCUGGUGGUACUACUUUUCUAAAUUCACGGAAUUCUUCGAUACCUUCUUUUUCGUUAUGCGCAAGAAAUACGAUCAAGUAUCCACCCUGCACGUCAUUCACCACGGAAUCAUGCCGAUGAGCGUGUGGUUCGGCGUCAAGUUCACACCCGGCGGUCACAGUACGUUCUUCGGGCUGCUCAACACAUUCGUGCACAUUAUCAUGUACUCGUACUACAUGUUGGCCGCUAUUGGACCACAAAUGCAAAAGUACCUCUGGUGGAAGAAAUACUUGACUGUACUCCAAAUGGUCCAAUUCAUUAUGGUGUUCAUUCACGCGUCCCAGUUGCUGUUCACUGAGUGCGAUUACCCGAAGGCAUUCGCUUGGAUCAUCUUGCUGCACGCCGUCAUGUUCUACUUCCUGUUCUAUAACUUCUACCAACAAUCGUACAAGAAAAGGGAGGACAAGAAGGUGGCUCAAAAGAAGAAGGACGACGAUGAUCGGGCACACAAUCGGCCUGUGGACCCUCCGACUAACCAAAGCAAAUCAAUCUGGUCCUACCUGACGUCGACGCCGUGCUUCCUGCCCGCCGUCACGGACACCGAUAGCUGCGACGAGUUGUACUCGCGACCACCUGUCAACGGAGCGGCUUGCAGCGCGUUCAUGUCUGACGAUUCCUUUCGCAACAGGGCGUUUGUGUCCAAGUCAGCAAAUGCGUGAUAAAAUAGGCUCAUAGCUCUCCCACCCCCUGCCCCUGCCCCCCACCGCCAAACUAUUGAAAAACCACCCAUGUCACCAUCUACGGAUAGUUCGCGCCCCAUAAAUCAACGAUAACCGAAACGAAAACGUGCAAAAUAACAAUAUAACAACAUAAUAAUAAAUAAACUAAACUGCGUGUACAAUAUUGUGUACCGGCCAAACCCGAAAAUGCAUUCUCAAUUAAUUUGUAAGACGAUCGCGACAUCGUUCGUUUUUAUUUCCAACGACCUCCUAGGUUUUUGACUGACUCAUUAUUUGAUUUCCGGGAUACAAUUAUGAUAACAAUAUGAUAUACCAUCACUUUUGUUUGUGCAAAUUUUUCAAUACAUUUCGAUACGUAAUUAUUAUUAUUGUUAUUUACGAGUAUUUUGUUUCGCACGACUUCAACGAAAGCUCAAAAACAAAGAAAAUUAAUUCAAUUCUCAGUGUGUUCAUUGGCGAUCUGACAAUUUCUCGUAUAUAACGUAUUAUCACAUAGGCCCAUAGGGCUGCAGUCGUAUAUUAUAUUAUUAUUAUUAUUAUUAUAAAUAUUAUUAUUAUUAUUAUUAUUAUUAUUAUUAUUAUUAUUAUUAUUAUUAUUAUUAUUAUUAUUAUUUUUACUAUGAUAACUAUUUUUAUUAUUAUUACUAUUAUAUGCUGCACAUGCGGUCGUCUGUCGUCGUCUUUCGACAUCACAGGACUGGAUAACGUUAAUAUUAUUGUCAUUACACUUACAGUCCAUCACGACAGCGUGACCGUUAGUCAUAAUCAAUUUAAUAUCAUUAACUUUUACUAUAGAUUUACUCAUCGUAUAUUAAGUUGUCUAGAUAUUAUAUCUUAUGAAUUAAUCGUUGAGGGUACGACAGUCGUACGUAAAAUGUAUAAUAAUAUGCGUGUAUGCGAAUAUGCGGCGAGGCAAGGAGGUUAAAAAAAAUAAUGAACAAUACCAUUGUAUACAAUGACAGAAAUCUCAAUGUGUUGGUUGAUUCAACUCUUCAAGAGGUCUCCGUUAUUGUGUAUGAUAAUAUUAUACGGUAUUGGUAUAUAGAAUUCUGUAACCCAUUUCUCGAUUUGUUUUUUUUUUGUUAUUUUUUUGUAUUUAAUAUGUAUAAUACCUAUAAACUAUAAUAUGCACUUAUGCCAAUCGUAGGUACAAAUUGGUAUGAAGAAAAAAGAAUUAAAAAUUAUUACGAAAUGGUUAUGUAAAAAAUCGUAGCUCCGUUAUCGUGCGAGUUGUUUGACUGUACACUUUGCAACUCUCCACUUGUUUAUAAUGUUAAAACGUAGUCGAACAGACUAUUAUUAUGAUACCUAGUAAGUUAUAUUAUUAUGUAAUUUAAAUAAUAUUAUGUAAUAAUCAGUCAUUUAUAGUGCCCUGUAUUUCUUGCCUUGUUUAAUUAAAUAUUAAUUGUAUGAUUGAAAUAUAAAUAAAAAUGAUGUAAUAUUUUUAAUUCA